AUGAGUAGCAAUGCGUCUUUGACUGUGUCUGAUACAUGUAUUAUGGCUUUGACUGUGUCUGAUACAAGUAGUAUGGCUAAUCAGAUGGAAUCGGGAAAGAAAGAACUGGGGAAGGGAGAUCUUUUAGUUGAUCAAUUGAAGAACUUUUGGGCUACACUAAAUGAAAAGACCAAAAGGGAUUUUUUGGUAGUAGACAGUAGAAAGCUUAUAGACUAUAUACAAAAUAAGUAUGGCAAGGAAGUAAAAGGAUAUUUUCGGAAAUGUAUAUGCGUAGAUGAACAUCGAUGGAGAUGUUGGAAGUGCCACAUUUGUGCUCAGGUGAACUACUGUUUUACAGAUUGCAAGAGGCACAUCUUAGAUAACCAUGUGCAAAAAUUUGUACCCCAGUCUGGUGCUCGUCCUAAGUGUGUGGAUAAGGCUUUGGCUAACAUGAUAUGUUGUGGGAACUGGGAGCCGGUGGAUACAGAGGCGAUAGCAAAUUUGAUCAAGGGUAAAACUGAGCGCGGGGAAGAGUUUGUUUAUGUUAAUGGAUGGUAG